UCUAGAAGAUAAAAUGCUUCCCAAGAUGGCGCUUUUGUUGUUGAAUAACGCGCCAAGUCACCCGCCUGCCGAUCAGUUGGUAAAAGAGACCGAAGACGGAAAAAUUUGGGUCAUGUAUUUUCCACCAAAUGUCACUCCAUUGAUCCAGCCCAUGGAUCAGAAUGCGAUUAGACUAUUAAAACUCCAUUAUCGCACCAGCUUGUUGUCAAUGGUUGUGACCUCAGUGGAAAGUCUUGAAACGUGCCUUAAGCAAACCAACUUAUUCCAAGCUGUUUCUUUACUUGCAUUGGCGUGGAAGAAAGUAUCCCAAGAAUCAUUAAAAAAAUGCUGGAACAGAAUUUUUAAUGACGACGGAUUCGACGAAGAGGACGAUGUUCCUCUUUCCAUACUUCAGCAAAGUGAGGAAAACCUCGCGACCAGAAACUCUUUACGUUUAUUAGAGCGUGUGUUUCCAAAUGUAGAGUUCGAUGUCAACGAUGUGACCGAGUGGAAUAAUGAGAAUAUCAUCGACGAUAUACUGUCGUUUAAUGACCAUGACGAAGAAGAAACAAUUGUGGCUCCAGCCGAAAUGCCAAAGGUAAAUCAUGUGGAUGCAAUAAACUGUUUUCAAACAUGUAUUGAGUGGGCUGUUGAAAACCAGAUUGACAGUUCCAAAACCCUUUUACUGAGAAGCCUACAAGAAGAGGCUAUGCAAGUGAGUUUGCAGAUCAAUAAACGUCAGAGCUUAAUGACGGAGUUUCUAGUAGACUGAUGUUCUCCGGUAAUUUAGUACAAACAUUUAUUUUAACCUUUUGAUAUAUGUA